AUGACGAGCACUAAUGAACAACACGAGGGUCCCAUUAGACAGCUUAUGCUUUGUGCCCAAAUCAAAGAGGAUACGGCGGCGUUGACCAACCUCACCAUCUCGCACAAGCAGCAGUUGUACCUCACGGACCCUGUGACGCCAGGCUCCAUCUUCUUCUUGCCGCAUGGAACGCGCUUGAUUAACAAGCUCGUCUCCUUCAUGAAGCACCAACAGUUGAAGCACGGCUUUCACGAGGUGAUCACGCCCCUUAUUUACAAAAAGCAGUUAUGGGAGCAGUCGGGGCACUGGGACAAUUACAAGGACGAUAUGUUCAAGGUCGAGGGGACUGAUAUCGAAAAGGAGCUGUAUGGGUUAAAGCCUAUGAACUGCCCUGGUCAUUGUUUGGUUUUCAAAAAGAUUGACCGCUCCGUUGGCGAGUUGCCGUUACGUUUCAGUGACUUCUCGUCCUUGCACCGUAACGAGGCUAGUGGGGCGUUGAGCGGCUUGACCAGAGUCAGACGCUUCCACCAGGACGAUGGGCAUAUCUUCUGCACCGGUGAGCAGGUUAAGGCGGAGAUUGACAACACUUUGACGUUGAUUAAUACCGUAUACCGUACCUUCGACUUGAACGAAUACCGCUUGUUGUUAUCCACCAGACCGGAGAAGUACAUCGGGUCCGUAGAGGAAUGGAAUCUUGCCGAGAGUAACUUGAAGGAAGUACUAGAGACCACUGGCCGGGAAUGGUCCAUCAACGAGGGUGACGGUGCAUUCUACGGCCCUAAGAUUGAUGUGUUGCUCAAGGACCACACCGGUAAGGAGCACCAAGUCGCCACCAUUCAGUUGGAUUUCCAGUUACCUGCACGCUUUGAGCUCAAGUACAAGUCGUCUAGCAACUCUAUGGAACGCCCUAUUAUGAUCCACCGGGCCGUAUUCGGAUCCUUAGAGCGUUUCUUGGCUAUAUUGAUCGAUCACUAUGACGGUAAGUGGCCCUUCUGGAUGAACCCGAGACAGGCCAUUGUCAUUCCUGUGUCAUUGGACAAGCACGGCGCUUUUGCUGAGCAGGUUGCUGCCCAGUUGCGCGGCGACAUAGUCGACGGCAAUAUCAACACUGCCGCGCCGCUCACCGGCCACCACUUCCACGUCGAUGUGGACACCAGAAACGAGACUGUGGGUAGCAGAACCAAAGAUGCUAUCGCAAAAUCUUACAGCUAUAUCGUCAUGGUUGGUGAUAAGGAGGUUGAGAGCCAGACCAUUUCUAUGAGAUCCCGCUCCAGCAGAAAGAUCACCUCCAUGACCGUUGACGAGGCCGCCAGGACCUUUGUCGAGUUGGAGAAGAAGUACGAAUAGCUGACUGUAUAUAAAACAAUUACAUAGAUAUCCAUGAAAGUUGUAAGCCU